UUACACAUCUUGUAAAUUAGUUUUGUUUAUUCGUUUGGACAACAAAGACGUAGGUACAGACCGGUUUUGAUUAUAAGUUCAGGGUCAAUUUGUUGAUAUUAAAUGAUUAAUUCUGUGAUGUACAAAUAAAUUCCCCGAUGCAAAGUUUUGCCAUUUUUUUUAUUAAGAUAACUUACUGACCUUGGAGUUCAACGAAGUACAUUCUGGAAUUACCAAAGAUAACUUAAUACUACGAGUUUCUUAACACAACGAAGAUGAAGUUCUGGUUAUUAUUGAUACUGGCCGCUUUUAUAUACGCCGAAGACAUACGAAUAAGACAAGCUGAAGUAAAAUUAGAAGCAUUAUUUACCGAAGAAAUUCCAAAAGAUAAUCCGAAUUGCGGAGGUAUAGAGGGAGAAUUAGAUGAUAAUUGUUACGAAUGCUAUAUCUGUGAAGAUGAAAGACUUAAAACAUAUAAAUCUGAAGCGAAACAACUAAAAUUGAAGAGUGCUGAUUGUAAAACUGUUUCGACAGUCUGCUGUGUACCUCAAGAGAAUUUGUCAACCAGGUCAGGUGAUGGCACCUGUGGCAAAAAGAAAACAGAGAACUUUAUCUCUGUACAUGGAAAGACCCAGAGCAAGUCUACAGUCCGUUCAGUACUUAUAGAAGAAUAUCCUUGGAGAGCUUGGAUUUAUAGAAAGGAACAAUAUGGCGACGAUAAAGUAUUGUGUGCGGGAACUGUAGUGGGGGAAAGAUCUGAGGUAGUGAUGACGCCAGCAAGCUGUCUGCAGGGUUUGACAUCUGAUGACGUAGUUGUCAGCUUCUUUAAGGAUAAAAAUGACGUCACCGAUGUACGCUCCAUCAUCAACCACCCUUCUUAUACACCAAGUAAGAAGCAUGAGCACGACAUCGCCCUGGUGGUGCUGAGCCGGUCUCAGCGCGCGCCAAGCUGGACCAGCCCUGUAUGUCUGUCCGCCACUCCGCCAUUACCAGCUACAACAUGCGUCACUAUAUCAGAUAAUAACUCGUAUAUAUCAACCGUUGUGCCGCUGCCUAAGAAAUGCGAGUCGUUUAACAUAAGAUCAGCAUUAGGUCAGAUCUGUUCUGUCUCGCCAUUAAACGAUUACGUACCUCAAAAGGGAGAGGCUUUACUCUGUCAGGACGAGUUACGUCAAACGGACGAUAUUUACUUCGCGGCCGGUAUAGCGUUAACUACGAAAGAAUCAGUGACCACGUACACAGCUGUCUAUCAGUACUACGACUGGAUUAUUGACAAACUGAAUGAAAUAGCAACUACCUGAUCUCAUUAUCAGAACCCAAAAUAAAAUU